CUCUUACCUGCCGCCAGGUGGAAAUCGCGACGCCGCUUCCCGGGAAGUUUAAGAAAGUUUGGAAGGGGCAGCGCUCUUGUGUCUGACGCCGAGCCCGUCGGAGGGAGGAGUAAAAAGCCCCUCUCCGGCGCUCUCGCCUCUGGCUCGCCAUGGAAAGCCGAGGGGACCCCGAGGGCUGCGAGGAAGCCUUUGCCGAGGCUCGCCGUUGGGUGGAGGCAGUUACUGGGAAAAGUUUUGGAAACAAGGAUUUUCGUGCUGCUUUGGAAAAUGGAGUCCUCCUUUGUGAUCUAAUUAACAAGAUCAAACCUGGGAUCAUUAAAAAGAUCAAUCGUCUGUCAACACCGAUAGCUGGGCUGGAUAAUAUAAAUGUGUUUUUGAAAGCUUGUGAAAAUCUUGGAUUAAAAGAAGCACAGCUUUUUCAUCCUGGUGACCUUCAGGAUUUAUCUAAUCGAGUUACUGUCAAGCAAGAAGAGACUAACAGAAGAGUGAAAAACGUUUUGAUUACAUUAUAUUGGUUGGGCAGAAAAGCACAUAGCAAUCCAUAUUAUAAUGGCCCACACCUUAAUUUAAAAGCCUUUGAGAAAUUACUAGGACAAGCUUUGACAAAGGCUCUUGGAGAAUCCUGCAGUCCCAAACAAAGUGGAAGGGAUAGUGGAUACGGUGAUAUUUGGUAUAUUGAACGGAGUGAUACACUUCCUUCAUCUACUAGCCAUAAGAGAGACGAUUCCUUUGAUAGUUUGGACUCUUUUGGCUCAAGAUCCUCUACAAGCUUUUCAUCAGACAUAACUCUAAAAGGUGGCAGUGGAGAUUGUGAAAGUGACACAGAUUCUGAAAUACACGCAAGAAUGCAUGACCCACAUAAGGAUGACAUGUUAUACCGCAGAGUUGCCUUAAUUGAACCCAAACCUGCUGCUGAGUUCAAUCGUUUCUUGCCAAGCAAAGCCAAACCACCAACAUAUAUGCCAGCACCCUUGAGGAAGAGGAGGACGGAGAAGAGCGAGGACAACAGAAGAAGCUGGGCAAGUCCCGUGUUCACUGAACCGGAUGGAACAUUUUCCAGUAACCAGAGAACAACUUUGGAGCAAAAGCUGGAAUGCAAGACAACAGCUAAUGUUCUUUCAGACCUCUCCAAGUAUUUGGAGGAGGAGGAAGAGGAGGAAGAAAGGACAAUAGGGACACCAGACAUUGAGACAGAUGACCUUUAUGUGCGCAAAAUAAAUGCUGCAGUGUCAAAUACAAAAGUUCCCUCCCAUAAGUUUCUUCCUAAGUCUUGGGCUCCUGGAGAAGAAUUGCACUGGAAAAAAGCAAACAGGAUAUCUUUUUCCAAACAGUGGUAUAAAGAGAUUCAAGGAUUCAGUAAAAGCACAGAUUCUGAAGAGGAUAUUGCAGGAAUCCAAAAACUUAAUAUUGCCUUGGGCAGUAUGGAUAACAGUUGCAGAGAAGAUCCAAACUUCAUUAAACAAGGAGCUGAAUAUGCAGCAAAAUCAUUACUUCAAGCUGCAGAAGAUAAAAUUAGGUGUUCUUCUGAUCUACCAAGUCAGUUUUUAUUUCUCCGAGCACUACAAAAAUAUUCUGACGACUUCCUGUCCUUGGAAACUAGAACCAGAAUUGAUCCUACUGCAGGGCCUAGGCUUGUAACAUGCAGAAAAAAUAACUAUUAUAGGCCUGGAUAUGAUCAAAGAGAUGAUGAAAAUGGAGGCUGUUAUCCUGAUUUGGAAAAUGAUGAUUUGUUUGUUCGUAAGACUGGUGCUUUCCAUAUAAACGCAGUAAUUCCUCAAGAUUUUGAGUAUCUUAGGAAGUCUUAUAAUCAAGGACUGCACAUUGAAGGGGAAAUAGUUCUCCAGCCCAGAGAUGAUGAAUUUAUAAUUCCAGAUUUAGAAAAGGAUGAUUUGACAGUCCGCAAAGCUCAGUGGCAGAAGAAAGAUGUACCCUUAUCUGGUGCCCCAGAUAGAUAUCAGCCUGCGCUCUUUCCGGAUCCUUGGAGUCUUCCACCAGAAAUCCAGGCCAAAUUUCUUUGUUUGCUUGAGAAGACCACCGCAAGAGAAGAAAGAGAAAGUGGAGGGAAGAUCUUAGCUCCCUCUUCACGACACAAGAAAGAUGAUAUGCUGAAUCGCAAAAUUGAGCUGUUCAACAUAGGAGUUAAUGUGCAGCCAGUCAGCUUUGCUCCAGGAAUGUGCAGCAAAGAAGAUAUGGAAAAAUGGGAAGCAAUCAGAGAGGCCAGCAAAAUCAGACACAAGAAACAGCGGAUGGUUGAAAGGCUGUUUCAAAAGAUUUCUGAUGAGUAUGGGAGUAAAUCCUUGAAUGACGUCAGUGCAGAUGAGCUGCAAACAAUCCGUCAGCUACGUUAUGAGGAGCUUCAGAGGAUAAGAUCUCAGUUAAAAGAACAAGAUGAACAAUGGCAAGAUGAUCUGGCAAAAUGGAAAAGCAGGCGGAAGAGUCACACUUCUGAUUUGCAAAAGAAAAAGGAGGAAAGAGAAGAAAUUGAGCGGAGAUCUUCUGAGAGUUCUGAAAGGCACAGCAAAUCAUUGAGAGAAAUGCAGAGAGACAGGGAGGGCAAAGAUCAAGGGCUGUACUCUACCCGUCAGCAGAGAGAACACAGACAAAUGUAUUUAUCAAGUGAUGAUGUAUUUACUGAAGAGAAAGAACCUUCAAGACCUUCAAAAGAUCAUCUUGUUGAAAAUGAUGCUGCCAACCUUAUGAAAGAAAAUGAAGAAAACAGUAAAGAGAGUGAGAAAAAAGCAGAACGUUCUAUAAGAGUUGAAACUCAGAUUCCACUUAAGAGCAUGACAGAAGAAAAGAGCCAACCCUCUUUGUCAACUUACAAUUCAGUAAAUGCACAAACUGGGGCAGCUCGAAUUUCAGCUUCUCUCCCAAGAAGUUACCAGAAAACUGAUACUGCCAGGCUAACGUCAGUGGUUACGCCAAGGCCUUUUGGAGUCCAUUCAAGAGGAAUCUCAUCACUUCCUAGGUCUUUUACGAUGGAUGAUGCCUCAAAAUAUAAUGGAGAUACAGAUAGGUCCAGGAAAGCUCAAAGUACAUACACCAGCAACUCAUUCUCUAAGCCAGAAGCUAUACAAAGCCAUUCUACAAGCGAUCUAAGAAAUGUAGAAGACAACAUGAUUGGGGCAAGAUACUCACCUUCAAGGAAUAUUUCUGCUACACCUGAAGCUGUAGAUGAGGAUCAUGUUGGUUCUAAAUCAGAGCAUUCUACCGUCCAUGACUCAGUUACAGCUGCAUCCUCAGAAGCAGAAGAGAGAAGCUUUCCAGGGGCUGAGGUUUCAAGGGUGCAGGACCAGUACAGUGAUAUGAGAAUCAGUAUAAACCAGAGACCAGGCAGCAGUCGGGGCUUUGGAUUUGAAAUAUACCAGAAUCCUUCUGGAGUCUUUGUAAAGUCAGUAGAAGAAGGUAGUGCUGCAGAUUUUUGUCAGCUGAAUGUUGAUGAUGAAAUCCUGUCCCUCAAUGGCACAAAAGUUUCCCACAUGGACGAGAAUAAGUGGGAAACAACCAUCAUCAGUGCACUAGAAACAGGAAACCUUGUCAUGGAUGUUAGGCGAUAUGGCAAGAAGGACUGGGGCAAAGACCAGCCUUCCCUGCCAUAUGCAAGGCACAAAAUCCUCAAUCUCACAAGUCUGGCUACCAACAUUGUAGGUUCUCCUGAAAACAAAUGGAUUAAUGCAACAUCUGGAAACCACACUUCAACCAAAAGUCAGACGGUAUCUCCGCAAAAAGACCUACACAACAACAUCCAGAAUGAUGAUUCAGAAACAAACAUCAAUGGAAUGGUGGGAGAUACAAUUUCCAGUGAGCAAAAAGACACAGAACCUAUUUCUUUGAAAAACUUAAAAAGGCGAUCACAGUUUUUUGAACAAGGGCCAUCAGUUUUUUCUCACAAUUCAUGGGUCUACCUUUGUGGAGGCUCAGAACCUGCAAUGCCUGAUCUUUCAGUUCCACCCAUCAGUGCUCCUAGCCGCUGGGCCUGGGAUCAAGAAGAGGAAAGAAAAAGGCAAGAAAAAUGGCAGGCAGAACAGGAACGCUUACUUCAGGAGAAAUACAAGCGUGAGCAAGAGAGACUCAUGGAAGAAUGGCUGAAAGCUCAGCAAGAAGCUGAAAAGGAGAACUCUAAAUAUUUAAAUGAGGAACAGUAUGAACUGAAAUCAGACACAGCGUCUGUAACUCAGCAAGAGCCCCCUGUUUCCUCCUGGGGGACAAAUGGAAGCAAUAAGGAGGAUUAUUCUGAUGCUGCUAGGCAAGAGGAAGAGGAAAUAGAACCGGAGAAGAAGAAAGAAGAGCAGAAACACCUUGAGGCCCAGAGAUUACAUGAAGCUGCAGCCUUGCAAGCAGAACAAGAAAGGAAGCUCCAACAACUGGAGCGUGAAAGGGAGUAUAAAGUACCGGACACAGUAUACAGUGUGGAGGAGCGAAGAUAUAAGGAAGAGGCAGAACAGAAACCACGAGUGGAACAAGCCAAGGAUGUUUCAGGGCAAAGGCCCCAAUAUCAAAGACAUUAUGAGCCAUCAAGAAAUUCAGAUGAGCAAUCAAACUACUUUAAUGCUGACAGAAGUAAAUCGAGAUCAACUACAGAUCUAGAUGAUCAUCAUUCCAACAGAAAUGAUAUGAAAAACAAACUCUCCGAUCAGUCAUGGAAUAUUGGUGACUCACAGAAGAAAUCUCAGAAGGAACAGGGUUUAUCAGCAGCUGAGCUGGAAAGACAGCAGAUUCUUCAGGAAAUGAGAAAGAAAACACCCCUACAUACUGACAAUAGCUGGAUUAGGCAGCGCAGUUCCAGCAUGCAUAAAGAGCCUGUUGCCCUCCUUGGCAGUAAAAUGAGGAGAGGGGAGAGUUUAGAUAAUCUUGAUUCCUCAAGAUCAAACUCUUGGAGGCCUCAUUCUUGGAUGAAUCAGUCUGCAUCUUCAAUGUCUUUGUCAUCCAGUCAUGAUUUUAGUCGCCAUGUGCCUCCUGUGGUGUCCACUUCAAACCGUGCCUAUAUGCGUACUCCCUCGUCCAACCCGCUGUCUUCUUCAGCCAGUUCUGUGAAGACUUCCUCCUUGCCUCAUAUUGUCCCCUCUGCGCCAUCUCCUGCUCCCCAUGUUCAGUCACCAACUUCUGCUUCCCAUUCUGGAACCCAACAACGUAGCAGGUCGGUGAGUGGAAAGCGAACGUGUUCAUACUGUAGAAACGUUCUGGGCAAAGGAGCAGCCAUGAUCAUCGAAUCUCUUGGUCUUUGCUAUCAUUUACAUUGUUUUAAGUGUGUUGCUUGUGAGUGCGACCUUGGGGGCUCACAGGCUGGAACGGAAGUCCGCAUCCGAAACAAUGAACUUUUCUGCAAUGAUUGCUAUCUCAGAUUUAAAACUGGACAGCCAACCAUUAUGUGAUGCAAGCCUAAAUAUGAAACAAUUGCUACAGAUAGAGGAGGAAGCUGCUGCUGUAGAUCUAUAAAUAUGUAUUGUGUGUGGUGUUUUUUUUAAAAAAUAUGUUUGCCUGUUUAAGUCAUGUAGGAAAUUCUUUGUAUCCUUCCAUUAAAUUUAUUUCAAUCUAUUUAUGAGAAAGUAAUCAGAACCUCUUCUGGAUUAAAAGUAUCCAAGGUUUAAGUUAAUUGUACAAUCCCAUCCUUUUACAAACAGGAAAGAAACCUGAAGUUGGUAAUUUCAGAAUGGUGGAUGCUAAUGAGGAGCUAGCUUUAAUUUUCCAGUAAUAUAUGGUAUUUUUAAUGCUCUUUAAAAUGAGCAUUAGUGAGUUAAUACGGAUUUAUAACUGCAGUUUCUAUUUUUGAUGUAUAUGCUAUACGCUAUAGAGUCCUUCAGAAUAUUAUGAAAAUGGCAUCAGAGGGCAUGCUGUCCAUAUUUCAGUUUCUAAGCUUAAGUAAUAUUACCCUUUUAAAAACGAAAAUGUAUAUUUCAGUCUGUUUGCUUGGGACUUAGUAUUCCAUUGUGCUUUAAUACUAAAAUCCAACGGGGGAAUUAUUUGUGAAACUUUUUUUGUUCUAUGUUUGGAAAAUGUAACUUUACUUGCACCUCAGACAAGUUACUAGAACUGAAGAAUUUCUCCUUAUGUUGACUUAUUUUGUAUUUGUAAAUAAAGUUGCUGAUGCUGCA